CAUGGUUUUUGUUAUAUUGAAACUGUUCAACUUGAUGGUGAAAGUAGCUUAAAAGUACAUCAGACUUCACCUGUUACUUCUGAACUUGGAGCCAUUAUUAGCAGGCUUGCAGUAUUUGAUUGGGAAAUUGCAUGUGAAAUUCUUGACAAGUUAGAUAAAUUCAUAGUUCUUUUUUAGGAAGAUAAGUACUCUCUGACUAAUAAACAUAGGCUACUUUGAGGUUGUGGAUUGAGAAAAGACUGCUGUUUUGGGAUGGUUAUUUUUGCAGGUCUUUGUACUAAGUUAAUGCAGAACAGUGAUAAAACCAGAUUUCAAAGGACAAGCAUUCGCUCUCUAUACUCUUUACUGUAUCUUUAUAUCUUUGGGUUUCUGAUAUGUGUGGACAUUAUUCUGGCCAUAGGAAAUUCCUAUCAGCAUGUUCAGGCACCUAUCAGAAUUUCCCUUUAUUGGAAUAAAGUUAAGAACAGUUCUAUGUUUUCAGGAUUUUUAACAUUUUGGUCAUACGUUAUCAUACUCAACACAGUUGUGCUUAUUUCUUUGUAUGUGAGUGUUUUUGUGGGUCUUCUGCUUUGACUCAGCCACUUCAUAAAUUGUGAUCACAAUAUGUAUUACUCCAUGAAAGACAUACCUGCUGAAGUGUGAACUACAGCACUCGAUGAAGAAUUAGGACAAACUGAAUAUUUUUUCUUAGGCAAAACAGGGACUCUUACUCAAAAUAUCGCGAUAUUUAACAGAUGCUCCAUUAAUGGCAGAUAUAUGGCAAGUGAAUUAUAUGAUGAGCUUGGCCAGAAUGCAGAAAUUAAUGAGAAGACUGUGCCCAUGAAUUUCUCAUUGAACUCGCUCACAGGUAGCAAGUUUAGAUUUUAUGACCACAGCCUGAUUGAAUCCAUUCAGGUAGGAAACCUGUCAGUUCAUGAAUUCUUUAGGCUGCUCCUCUGCCAUACAGUUAUUUCUUAAGAAUACAAUGAAGAUGAACUGAUUUGCCAAGUGUAGUCACCAGAUGAAGGUGCUCUGGUAACUGCCACCAGAAACUUUGGAUUUGUCUUAGAGUCUCAGACCUCCUAGACCAUCACUGUGGAGGAAAUGGGAAACCUUGUUACAUAUCAGCUUUUAGCAAUUUUGGAUUUUAGCAAUAUCAGGAAAAGGAUAUCUUGUAUAAUUAGAAAUCCAGAUGGUCAGAUAAAGCUUUAUUGUAAAGGGACAGAUACCAUUCUGUCUGAGUGACUUCAUUUGUCCAAUGAAGAGUUAGUAUCUUUGACACCCAGCUAUCUUGGUGAUUUUGCAGAAGAGGGUCUUUGGACCUUAGCCCUUGCAUAUGCUGUUGCUCUUGAAGCUGGUCAGAAGAAAGAAUUCUUGGAAAUUGCCUGUGUGUGCAAAGUAACUUGCUGUUGAGUCACUCCUUUAAAAAAGGCACAAGUUGUAGGGCUGGUUAGGAAACACAGAAAGGCAGUCACAUUGGCCGUAGGAGAUGGAGCUAAUGACAUCAGCCUAAUCAAAAGUGCACACACAGGAGUUGUCAUCAGUAGCCAGGAAAGAAUGCAAGCAGUCUUGGCCAGUGCCUAUUCAUUUGCCCUAUUCAGAUACCUGCAGAGACUUGCUCUUGUUUAUGGCAGGUGGUUUUAUCUCAGAAUGUGCAAGUGUUAUUUCUUCUACAAAAACUUUACUUUCACACAGGUGCGUUUCUGGUUUGGCUUCAUCUUUGGCUUCUCUGCUCGGAUAGUCUUGGAUACCAGUUACUGGACUACUAUCAAUCAUUUCUUCAUCUAGGGCGGCAUAGCAGUGUAUUUUGCUAUUUUAUUUGCAAAGCACAGUAAUGAGAUUUUUGGUACAUGAUUUUUAAGCCACUGCCCUUUUGUAGGAAAUGUCUAUAAUUCUCUGAUCCAGGUGAAUAUUUGGCUUGUCAUUCUCUUGACUACUGUGGUUUCAGUCAUUUCUGUUACAGUGUUUUGA